CCACCUUCGUGGUGAGCCCUCCCCUCAGCCUUCCAGGGCCUCACUCAUUUUCCUCGGUAUUACGUCGAGAUUAUCCGUGUCGUAUAUUCUGAAACAAAUUGAAGAAGUACAUACUCAGGUCAUCCCAUCCGCCUCGUUGUAGCCAUGGGUUUGAGAGAGAUGAAAAGCAGGAUUUUCAAAUCGAAGCCGAAAAGUCCAAACGAGCCUCCGCCAAUACCGACAACCAGUGCCUUGCACGUACCGCCGCCGAUCCAGCGACAACAACCACAGAAGGUCCUCCAGAAACAGCCUGAGAAGAUCGCAUACGUAACUGCCGAGAAUAUACGAGAGCUUCGGGAGCUCAUUAGGUAUCGCUAUGCCCUCGAUGUUGAGAUAUGGAGCAUGCGCGACGUGAAGUGGUAUCAGCGGGACACACUGCACGCCAAGAUGACGCGAUCCGACGCUGCGUUGACGACGAUUAAGAGUACUCUGGACAGUUGGGACCGACCAGAGUUUUUUGAAACUCAGGACGAGUAUGCCAGAUUCCGCGAAAUCAAGAGGAAGAUUGUUAGCGGCGACAAGAGGAAUUGGACGGCGAAUCCGCCUUGGGAGAAGCAGGAGAUGAACCAAAGCACAGGGCCAUUCGAAAAGGAUGGACGACCUCUUCAAUACGAUAUCCGUGUCUCGAUGACCAGGUCGUGAUUGCUAGAUGUUGGCAGUGCGUUCCCAAUGAUAUGACGAUUCGGUAACGACUGGGAGGUAUCUGGGGGGCCUAAUAUCAUACUAGUCUUAUUAUAUUGCGUGCAAGUUC